CGCGGCGGCGGCGGGCUGGACGCAGAGCGCUGGCCGGGCAGCGGGGGAGUCGGCGCGGGGUCCAGCCCCGAAAGGCAGUGGCUUAAGGCGCGGGGACGCGGGAGGCUCAGGCGCGCAUUGGCGGCAGGCAGGCGGGCGAGCCCACCGGCACGGCAUCCCCCGCGCCCCCGCCCCCGCGCUGCGGAGAAUGGGCACCUCGGGCCGCGGGGCGCAGCCGGAGAAUAAACCCCAAUGAUCACGGGCUGAGUCCGCGCUGCCACCAUGUCCGUGGCCUUCGCGUCGGCUCGGCCGAGAGGCAAAGGGGAGGUCACACAGCAGACCAUCCAGAAGAUGCUGGAUGAGAACCACCACCUGAUCCAGUGUAUCCUGGAUUACCAGAGCAAGGGCAAGACUGCCGAGUGCACCCAGUACCAGCAGAUCCUGCACCGGAACCUGGUCUACCUGGCCACGAUCGCAGACUCCAACCAGAACAUGCAGUCACUGCUUCCUGCGCCACCAACCCAGAACAUGAACCUGGGCCCCGGAGCGCUGAGCCAGAGCGGGUCCAGCCAGGGCCUGCAUCCCCAGGGCAGCCUCAGUGAUGCCAUCAGCACAGGCCUGCCCCCCGCCUCCCUCAUGCAGGGCCAGAUCGGAAACGGUCCAAACCACGUGUCCAUGCAGCAGACGGCCCAGAGCACACUGCCCACAACCUCCAUGAGCAUGUCGGGCAGUGGCCACGGUACUGGGCCUGGCUACAGCCACUCGGGACCCACCUCGCAGAGCGUCCCCAUGCAAGGCCAAGGUGCCAUCAGCAACUACGUGUCUCGGACCAACAUCAACAUGCAGUCCAACCCAGUCUCCAUGAUGCACCAGCAGGCAGCCACGUCCCACUACAACUCGGCGCAGGGUGGGAGCCAGCAUUACCAGGGCCAGGCGCCCAUUGCCAUGAUGGGCCAGGGUGGCCAGGGGAGCAGCAUGAUGGGACAGCGGCCCAUGGCGCCCUACCGACCCUCCCAGCAAGGCUCUUCCCAGCAGUACCUGGGCCAGGAGGAGUACUACAGCGAGCAGUACAGCCACAGCCAGGGUGCCGCGGAGCCCAUGAGUCAACAGUACUACCCAGACGGCCACGGCGACUACACCUACCAGCAGUCGUCUUACACAGAGCAGGGCUACGACCGCUCAUUCGAGGAUUCCACACAGCACUACUACGAGGGGGGAAACUCCCAGUACAGUCAGCAGCAGACUGGGUACCAGCAGGGCUCAGCGCAGCAGCAGACCUACUCCCAGCAGCAGUACCCCAACCAACAGAACUACCCGGGGCAGCAGCAAGGCUACGGCCCUGCCCAGGGAGCCCCCUCACAGUACUCGAGUUACCAGCAAGGACAGGGCCAGCAGUAUGGAAGCUACAGAGCAUCGCAGACGGGACCUUCUGCCCAGCAGCAGCGGCCUUACGGCUAUGAGCAGGGCCAGUAUGGAAAUUACCAGCAAUAAGGGACGCGCGUUGUCUUUGGACCCUUCAUGGUAGUCUGUUCUGGACAAGCCAGUGGCCGUUCUGAGUCAUGACAUGUUGGCUACUCUGCGCCCAGUGCCAUGUCUGCAUGUGAAGCAGGCUCAUUUCAUGGGUGUGAUGAUGGGCGUGCACUCCUGGCUGCCAUGGUGUGACAUAUUUGGUGCUGUGUAUUGUAUAGCGAUGCGAUGGAGAGGUUGUCCUGUUGUUUUGUCCCUCACCCCCUCCUUGAUGUUCUUAGCUAGCUUUUGGGGGGGGGUCAUACUGUCAUCACAUGUUCUGUGCCCAGUGAUGACACAGUAUCCAAAAGACACCGUGGUCCGUGUUACCGUGAACAGACCCAGUGAGUGCCCCCUCUCACACCAUUGUUGCGAAGUGGACUGUAAGUGUUUCUGGGACUGGCCGUCCGUAGCUUGACACACAUAUAGACAACCCUGGGCGGCCGUCUCUUCCUGUGCCUAGGUAGGGCUUGGGGACACCUUCUGUGUCUUGGACUAGUUUCUUGUGUCACUGUAACAAAGAAAUGUGCUUCAUGUGGAGAGACUGAGCUGUCCUUUCCAGAACUCAUCCGUGGCGUGUGUCUCUCCAGUCCCCAUGAUCACGAAAAGUAUAUGUCUUUGUAUUAGACAGUGAAGAGGCAUCGGUGACUGUAUUCCGAGUGUGUCCAUGAGGGCAGUGUGAGGGUAACCUACCCUAGGGAGGGCGGUGUUCUUAAGAGCAAGGCUAGCUGUCUACCAGCUGCGUUGUGUUUUGUGUGGCUUUGGCCCUUGUUUGUUUAAUGUCAUUUCAAGGAUUUGAGUAUGCCCAGUCCUAAACUUAAAGAGAGUUGGAAGUACUGAUGAUUAACUUCACUGGCAGUUGGCAAGUGUUUGUUACUUCUUCAGGACCUCCAAGUUCAGAUUGGCAAGCAAGUGUUCCUUUGUACUUAGGGAAAUCCGAAAUCCACACCAUGUUUUUAACAAAUCUAAAUAGCUUUGUUACAUUCUUUUAAAUGAAAAGGGCAAGUUUUAUAUAGUAAAAAUUUUUUCUUUCUUUUGUUUUUUAUAUCCCUAGGAUGUUCAAUCUCAUUUUAAUUCUGUGCAAAACAUGACAAACAGUCUUUUUGGAAAGAUACGGUCAAAGGAAAAUACCACAUAUAAUGUAGCACUGGCAUUUCUCAGCCUCUAUUUGGACAGUGAUAAACAUGUUACAAUGAAAAUGGGGGAAAGCCUUUAAGAUAAGUGCUGGUGUAUUUCUAAGAACAACCAAGAAGAUAAAAAAAAAAAAAAAAGGAUCCAGGGCCUGGUGCAUCAGGCCUAUCCAACAUGAUGCUUUUAUUUUAUUUGUGUUUUUAGACAAGGUCUUAUGUAGUCCAGACUCUGGCCUCAAACUCAAUACGUCGCUAAGGCCGACCCUGAGUUUUAUGAUCCUCCUGCCUCCACUUCCCAAGGACUGAUACUACAGGCAUGCACCACACCUGAUAGUGUUUAAAAUGCAGACCUUAACCUGCAGCUCAGUGGGUGAGGAUUUACAAGGCACUUUUGUGGGUUUUACUUGAAUUAAUCUUGACAGCCUUGCUAGAAUAUACAGAGCAAGGACUGUUUAUUUCACUUACACAUGAAGAAUCAAGGGCCAGACUAGAAGGACUUAUCUGUGUUGGCUACGGUCGUAUUCUAGGACAUUCUCCCCCUUUCCUGUAGGACUGGUUAACAAACUCGGGCAUGUGUGUCUCAUAGGCAUAGGGUUUAGGAAACCCUUAACACUGGCAAGGGCUGACUGUAUGACGGCACUAAUUUCUGAUCGCUGAGUGACAGAGUAUUAGCAACUUCAUUUUAGGGGGUCCGCUCCUUUGCUCCCUUUUCUUUCCUGGUGAAUUUUGGAAAAACUAGCCUACAAGCUCAAUUGAGGCCUAAAAUUUCCCACUGGAAAUGCCGAAACAUUUUAAGUAACUGUGAAAAUGGUUUUUAUUCCUUGCCAAUCUGGGAAUAUGCCUUUUACCUGUGUGUGCAUACGUAUGUACGUGUGUGUGUGUGUGUGUGUGUGAAGUGCUGUAUUAAUACGAGUGUACGUGUAUGUUAGGCGCUGUAUUAAUGUGUGUGUAAGUACCGUGUUAAUACUUUUUGAAAGGACACUUAAAAAAAUGUACCACCCCAAAAACUUCCAUCUGAAAUGUCUUACAUUAAGAAUUUCUUGAAUGUUGUGUAUAUAUUUUUAAAAGCACUUUGUGGAAUAAGUUUGUACAUUUAUUUCCUAAUUUAUACAUGAUUUUGGUGUUAAUAUAUUUAAUGAUUAAUAAUGAUGUUUAUUUAACGUUUUUUGUUCACGUUUAUGUAAUUUUGUGGGGGAAAGCGAUGCCGGCUGGCGGUUCUUUUUCAUGGACUGUAUUAAUAGUUUUUCUUCUGUAACAUGAGUGUUUGGAAAAGCCCUAGCUGAAAUGAAUCCUUCAUGCAGGUGUGGUUGACUGUGCGUGCGUUGUUUGUUUGUUUGUUUGUUUUAAUGACUCCUCCUACUGAAGGCCAGAAAAGAUACAAAAGGGGGGAUUUGGAAAUCGCUGCUCAUUCUUCCUCCUGUUUCCCCAACGUCCCUCCAGCACUUGGUGAACUUGGUCCGGGUCUAGCUUUAUCAGUGAGAGGCUGAAGAUGUCCACAGAGGCGCCGGGCAGAAGAGGGCCUGGACCAGCAAGGAAGCGUCUUCCUUUGCGGUAGUACCGGUUGUUCAGGCGUGGGGCUUCAGUGGCGAGCGUCCGUUCAAAACUGUACAAAGAGGGAAGACUUUCCAUUUCCAUUAAAACGUGUUUGUUUUUUAAAAGCCA